CCUCUUCUUGAGCCGUUUCUUUUUUGUUCGGGCAAUUACCCCGCAUCUCCCGUGCUUCCCUAUCGUCCGACAGAGCACCCCUCCCAGGCUAGACCCCUCGGUCCCUUGUUCCCUCCCAAAUAAAACAAGCUUCCCAUAGCAAACUUUUGAUAAUGUCUGAAAGCGGGUACUAUGGUUCUCAACCCCCGCACCAGGGUGGUUACUACCCGCCGCAACAGCAGCAACAGCAGCAACACAGUGGGUUUGCCCCUGGUGGCGCUCCGCAAGCCCAACAAGCAGGCACCCCAGGUGCCUACCCCCCUCAGGAGGGCAAACCUUAUCCGCAAGAUCCCUACGCUCAGCAGCAACAAUCCCCAUACCCGCCUCAGCAAUAUCCCACGGGCCCGCCGCAAGGUGCUUAUGGUGCACCCCCCCCAUAUGCUGGCGCCCCGAAUCAAGGCUACGUGCAACCACAAUAUCAGAACCCUUCCCAGGGCGGGUACUACCCGCCGCCGCAAUCCGGAGCAGCCGAUUACUACCAGCAGCAGCAGCAGCAAGAUCGUGGCGCUGCAGGCUCUUACGGACAACCGACGGCUGGGUAUGGAGGUGCGGGAGCAGAAUAUCAAAAUCAACAGCAGCAGCAUGGGUACGGUGCAGGAGCGGACCCGUACGGUGGCCAACACGGAGGGCAGUAUGCAGGCCCUGGAGCGUACGCUGAUGGAAGUGGAGCACCUGGAGCACCUGGAGCACCUGGUGAGAGGGGGAUCGGAAGCACGCUUGCUGGAGGCGCUGCGGGAGCCUUUAUCGGUAAGAAGCUUGGGGUUGGCACGCUUGGAGGCGCUGUCGGGGUGAGUUAAUUCCUUCCUAGGGGGUCGUCUUGCAGGGGCGAAUGAAGGCUAAUGGGAGCGGCGUUAUAGGGUGCUCUCCUUGGGGGAGUGUUGGGCAAGAAGAAGCAUUAAGCCCUACGGUACUCUCUUCCCUCGGCUGUAUAAGAACGAUAACACACAAAAAAAAAAGCAACGAAGACACGAUAUCUUGGUCAAGCGUAGGCUGGGCAUGACCUUUUUUUCUUCUCUCCACUUCCCUCAAGGAGGGCGAUAUUUUACCAAUAGGGGAAUAUUUGGGUAGUGGCGUUUUCCAAGUUAUUUCUAAAGUUUCUUUUCCGCCUUUACUUUUUUUUUUUUUUUUUUUUCCUUCUUCCCCUCUCUUUGUUUCCUUCUCUCGUUCGAUAUUCCCUUGAUCCACGCUAGUUCUUGGUGUAUUCGGUAAUCUAUCCAUGCAUUGGGCGCUGGCUGUGCUAGCGAGGCUUUUCCUUGAGAACCUGCAGUUCGGAUGUUGAAGGCAUCAUAAGUCCAGAUGCACAGUAGUACUCGUACACUGGCCAUGAAACAGCACUACGGUGCGCCGGCGUGUUGUUACACCCUUACACAACAGGAGGGCAAAGCAUUUUAUAAU